CACAGGUGUACCAACUCCUCCCCUUCAGUCUUGCACAGGGUGUACCGGCUCCUCCCCUUCAGUCUUGCACAGGUGUACCAACUCCUCCCCUCCAGUCUUGCACAGGUGUACCGGCUCCUCCCCUCCAGUCUUGCACAGGUGUACCGGCUCCUCCCCUCCAGUCUUGCACAGGUGUACCGGCUCCUCCCCUUCAGUCUUGCACAGGUGUACCGGCUCCUCCCCUCCAGUCUUGCACAGGUGUACCGGCUCCUCCCCUCCAGUCUUGCACAGGUGUACCGGCUCCUCCCCUCCAGUCUUGCACAGGUGUACCGGCUCCUCCCCUCCAGUCUUGCACAGGUGUACGGCUCCUCCCCUCCAGUCUUGCACAGGUGUAGCGGCUCCUCCCCUCCAGUCUUGCACAGGUGUACCGGCUCCUCCCCUCCAGUCUUGCACAGGUGUACCGGCUCCUCCCCUUCAGUCUUGCACAGGUGCAUUGGCUCCUCCCCUUCAGUCUUGCACAGGUGUACCGGCUCCUCCCCUUCAGUCUUGCACAGGUGUACCGGCUCCUCCCCUUCAGUCUUGCACAGGUGUACCGGCUCCUCCCCUUCAGUCUUGCACAGGUGUACCGGCUCCUCCCCUUCAGUCUUGCACAGGUGUACCGGCUCCUCCCCUUCAGUCUUGCACAGGUGUAUCGGCUCCUCCCCUUCAGUCUUGCACAGGUGUACCGGCUCCUCCCCUUCAGUCUUGCACAGGUGUACCGGCUCCUCCCCUCCAGUCUUGCACAGGUGUACCGGGUCCUCCCCU